CCUGUCAAAUUCUGCAACACUUUCUUCCUGAACUUUGUACUUGCAUCCAGUCCCCUCUGCUGACAUCACAGUAUACUGCUCCUGUAUCCUGCUUCAUACUCCUUUAUGUUCCUGUCUGCUUUCUAAAUGAAUUUGCUCAUCCCCAACUUUGCCUUCACUUUUUGCUUUGGAGUGGAUCUCUUGGUAGCUGGUCCACAAUGGAUUAGACCAGACUAUUGCUUUUUUCUUUUCCUUCUGUUCAGGCAGUGGAAUAAGGCUCCCUACAACUCAGCUGGUGAAAGGCAGCAAAUCAAGAUUCAGCCUGGAGUCACUCUUGAAAGGGACUGCCUUUGCUUGUUACUUUCAGAGUGCCUCACCAAACCUACAAAAAGGAUAAGUGUUUGAGUACUAAGAGUGCUGCUGUGUGCGUUUCAGACUGUUUUCUCUUUUAACAAAAAUGUAAUUACUGGGAAGUGCAGUUACAUUUCUGCAGAUAUGUACUUACAACGAAUCAUCUUUUUCAAGUCAGUUUCUUGUCAUGAUUUCUCAUACUGAACCAGUGCUGCAAAAAGUUAUUCCAGAAGAUAUAAUACAGGAAGCUGAACUACAAUUAACUUCUUAAAGCCUUUGGAAGAAGGACUAAAUGCAACGGGGACAAAUUGCCUGUGGGAAUGAAGUGGCUGGGAGAAUCCAAGAACAUGGUGGUGAAUGGCCGGAGAAAUGGAAGCAGAUUAUCUAAUGAUCACCAUCAAAACCAGUCCAAAUUGCAGCACCCUGGAAAGGAAAAUCCAAAGACUGGCAAAAAUGGCGUUGAGAGACGGUCAAGCAGAUGUAGUGGUGGUUCGGGAUUUGAGGGCCAAAGUCGCUACGUGCCUUCCUCUGGAAUGUCUGCCAAGGAGCUGUGUGAGAACGAUGACCUAGCAACUAGUUUGGUUCUUGAUCCAUAUUUAGGUUUUCAAACACAUAAAAUGAACACUAGAUUUCGACCAAUAAAAGGAAGGCAGGAGGAAUUGAAAGAGGUGAUUGAGCGUUUUAAAAAAGAUGAGCACUUGGAAAAAGCCUUCAAGUCCUUGACAUCAGGUGACUGGGCCCGGCACUAUUUUCUUAACAAGAACAAAAUGCAGGAAAGGUUGUUCAAGGAACAUGUAUUUAUUUAUUUACGAAUGUUUGCAACUGACAGUGGAUUUGAAAUAUUGCCAUGCAAUCGGUAUUCAUCAGAGCAAAAUGGAGCCAAAAUAGUUGCAACAAAAGAGUGGAAACGAAAUGACAAAAUAGAGUUAUUGGUGGGUUGUAUUGCUGAACUCUCUGAAUUAGAAGAGAACAUGCUGCUCAGACAUGGAGAGAAUGACUUCAGCGUCAUGUACUCAACACGGAAGAAUUGUGCUCAACUGUGGCUUGGUCCAGCUGCAUUCAUCAAUCAUGAUUGCAGACCCAACUGUAAGUUUGUGUCAACUGGCCGGGAUACAGCAUGUGUGAAAGCUCUGCGCGAUAUUGAACCUGGAGAAGAAAUUUCUUGUUACUAUGGGGAUGGGUUUUUUGGAGAAAAUAAUGAAUUCUGUGAAUGCUACACAUGUGAAAGACGUGGAACUGGUGCUUUUAAAUCAAGAGUGGGACUGCCUGCUCCUGCUCCUGUAAUCAAUAGCAAAUAUGGACUCAGAGAAACAGAUAAACGUUUAAACAGGCUUAAAAAGUUGGGUGACAGCAGCAAAAAUUCAGACAGCCAGUCUGUCAGCUCUAACACUGAUGCAGAUACCACUCAGGAAAAAGCUCAUGCAACUAACCGCAAAUCUAUUGGUGUAAAAAAGAGCAGUAAGAGUAGAACAUUAACAAGGCAGUCUAUUUCAAGAAUUCCAGCUUCAUCAAAUUCUACCUCAUCCAGACUAACUCAUCUAAAUAAUUCCAGGGUACCAAAGAGAUUGAAAAAGCCUGCAAAGCCUUUACUUUCAAAGAUAAAAUUACGAAACCAGUGCAAAAGGCCAGAGCAGAAACAUGCAUCUCGAAAACUCGAAAUGGGAAACUUGGUUCUGAAAGAGCCUAAAAUCGUCUUGUAUAAAAACUUGCCCAUUAAGAAAGAAAAAGACACAGAGGGACCAGUAAAAGUUGCCGUCUCUGGGGGCUGCUUAACGAGGCAUGCAGCACGAGAAUAUAAACUAAAUUCAGUGAAAGGUGCUCAUGAACCUGGGGAGAUAUCACCCUGUACGUAUAUAACAAGGAGGUCGAUGAGAACACGAAUGAAUCUGAAGGAGACCUCUGACUUAAAGCUUGAACCAAAUAUGCUGAAUAGCUAUAAAAACAAUUUGACUGGUGUGAGAACCGAUAGCUUGGAGGAGCAGUCUCUUGUGAUGCACGAGAGUGAGCCGGCUCAUGGGACAUCACACAAGCGGGAGGGUAGGUGUCAGAAGAGUGACAGGGUUGUGGCCAAAAAGAAAUCCCGACAAGGAAGACUGGUGAAGCCAUCUUUGAAAACGGAGGAAACUGAUCCUGCACACAACUUGUCUGGCAAGGACAAAGUGCCAGAUUUGAUCAGUUCACGUUCUGACCUAGGAGAGAUGAACAAUGCUGUGGAUUCAGCCAUUGGCUAUAAAGACUGCAUCCCUUCCUCCGGUGGCUGCUCCAUUGUGACUUCGGACACUUUCAAAGUAAAGGACCGUUUUAGAACUGCAAAAAGCAAAAAGAAAAGGCGAAUCACAAGGUAUGAUGCACAACUAAUCCUUGAAAACAGCUCUGGGAUUCCCAAACUGACCCUUCGGAGGCGGCAUGAUAGCAACAGCAAGACAAACGACCAAGAAGAUGAUGGCAUGAGUUCUUCAAAAAUAAGCAUCAAACUUAGUAAAGACCAUGAAAAAGAUAAUAAUCUAUAUGUAGCAAAGCUUAAUAAUGGGUUUAACUCAGGAUCAAGUAGUAGUUCAACAAAAUUAAAAAUACAGCUAAAGCGAGAAGAAGAAAACAGGGGAACAUAUUCUGAUGACCUCCAUGAGAACGGGGUAUGUUGUAGUGAUACUCUUUCUCUGUUAGAGUCACGAAUGGAAGUGGAUGAUUAUAGUCAAUAUGAAGAAGAAACUGUAGAUGAUUCUUCAUCUGCAGAGGAAGAGGAGGAGGAAGAGGAUGAGUAUGAUGAUGAUUUUGAAGAUGAUUUUAUUCCUCUGCCUCCAGCUAAGCGAUUAAGGCUUAUAGUCGGCAAGGAUUCAAUAGAUAUUGACAUUUCUUCCAGGAGACGAGAAGAUCAGUCUUUAAGGCUCAAUGCAUAAGCUUACAGGUCUUAAACUGAACAGGAUGUCCAUUUUUUAAAAAACAAAAUUCCAAUUAAUUAUUCCUCAACUGAUGAACUUUCUGAAAAUGUUAGUGGAAGCACUUCUUUAUUGUUUAUUCACUUAUAUCAACAUAAUAUUGUAGAAAGUGUACAGCAUACUGACUCCUUAAGUCAUUUGUGCAGAUUUUUAUUGUACUUUUUAAUAGCCUUCUUAUGUGCAAUUCUAAGUUAGAAAAAUGCUCUAUUGUAAAAUAAAGGCUCAAGCAAAAUUACAAAAAUGCCAUCAAAUGUUUCCAUGCAGGUUAAUUAAAUCACAAUAAUGUGGCUUCACAAUUAUUUUUAAUCCGUGAGAGCAUUAUUUUGCUCUUACAUCUGACUAAACAAUCUUAAAAAAAAAAAAUCAUAGUAGCAGCCUAUUUAAGGUUUUCUAGUAUGUUAAUAUCACCAGCAAUGAACUAAAGCUUUUCAGUUUAUUUGCUAGAUGUUUUCCCCCUUGGAGUUUGUCAGUUUUAACACUGUAUGCUGUCCCCAGACGUACUGUUUGUGGCCUUUGUUAUAGUAGCAAACCGUUGGUUUGAAGUCAAAUUGAUUUCUUUAAAAAAAAAAGGUGUUGACAGUUUGCUGACUUUUAGUACAUUAUAUGUACAAAGGUAGCAGUAUGCAGAAUACCAAGUUUGGAUAUGGUGUAUUUAUUUCUUGUUAUGUAAAUUAAAACACCUUGUAUUUAACACUUUUUCGAUACUUUUAGAUAAAAUUGUUCUUUGCAAGAAUGAUUGGUGCUUAUUUUUUCAAGAACUUGCUGUGAAACAAUGUGAUUACAACAGGCAACAUUUAUCCAAUGAACUGCAGCUAUCCGAAUUGGAUCCUCAUAGUUUUCUGUUGCACUUGUAAAAUGCUACAAGGAAUUUAAAGAAACCUAUUCACUUUAACUUAUGAUAGUUUUAUGAAAUUUAAAAGAAAAAAACCUAAGUCACAGCUUUUGUUCUGUGGUGAUCUAUAAAAAUGUUUGUCUUUUGAGAUCCAGUGUAAAGGACUGAAAAAAAUGUAUAUGUUGUAAAUAUUUGUGUGUUGUGAGAAAUUUUGUCAUAAAAAUUGAUAACUUACAGAAGGGUUUUUAAGUUUAGAAAAACAUUCAUGCCAAUAAAUAGGAAAUUAUAAACCUAGUUUUAAAUCAUUGAUUUUUUUAAAAAAAAGUUUUGUUUUAGCUCACAUUUUGAGUUGUGUUUUUUUAAGAAGUUCACUUUUUUAGAACUAGAGUGAGAAAUUAACUGGUGGAGAAUUUAAGGAUAUAAGUUAACCAUUUAUUUGAAAGCACAUCUCAAAUGGUUUGAAAAGACAGUUGAAGAAGAAUCAAUCAGGGCUGCUCAGCUUUUACAAUUCUGUGCACUGAAAUUCACACAGAAUCCUAGAUACAGAAUUUCUGAGAACAUUGGCUUGCUUUCUACAAGUUUCUACUUCACACAAUAAUGGAUAUAUGUUUACAGGCAGUUUUUACCAAUCGACAGAUCUUUGUGCACUCAAAAAUGCAAAUUGAGCCCUCCAUUGAAAUGAAUAGGGGAGCUCUUCUGAAUGGGGAAAUUGUGUUCUCGGGUAAGCAUCUCAUAACAAUAAGCAGUUGUUUAAUUGGAGAAGGCUGUAAUGUGUGGUAAUCGGUGAGUCUGUGCACAGCUGUCUUCUCCUCAUUGCUUCCAGUUAUAUUCCUUUUUCCUGUACAUUACUUAUGCAAAAAAAAAAAAAACCCUACAAAAAUUUGGCCACUUUCAGACCAAAUUAUUGAUCUUGUAUGCAAUAAAUACAUUCACAUAUUUGGGUGGUGUAUUACUUUUUUCUAGCAAAAAACAACAACCUGAUUUCCUUGGAGCAGAAACUGUAUUUUUGAUUGAAUUAUUAUGAUACUUUGGCAUAAUAGCUACAACAGUGCUGCUGCUACUUCUGCUGCUGUCAGAGUAGCAUGGGAAAUUCUGGACAAAGCAGAAUUAUGUUCACACUUAUAUAGGGAAGAUCCACAACAUGGGCUUUCCCUCCAUGUAUUGGGGCUUCUCUUGUUACUGUAACAGCAUUCCAAAGACCCAGCACUGCUAUAGAGUCCAUAUUGCCAAGUAACGCAAGGAUCCAGUUUGUUUUGCUUGACAGCAGAUGAGGAUUACAAAAGCCGUUGAUCGUGGCAUGCUUUUGGAGGAAUGGGUAGUUCCCAAAACUUGGAUGGUCUGCCCAAGCCUGCAGAAAUAUUGAAGAUGUACAAUAUAUUAUUAUGAAGCACAAUUGUACUGUCCAGAAGAGCUACACCCCAGGCCCCACCCCAUGUCACAAACAUCAAAACAAAUUUGAAAAAAGGACCCAUCCUUGGCCAGUUUUGUGUCAUCUCAAAGCACAUGCCCUUAAACAUCAGUUAAAUGAACUUGGGCACAAAACUGCCCAGUCAUUGUCCCAGGAGAAUUAAGAAACAAGUGCUGUCGGACUGCCCACAAUUAUUCCUGAGCAGUUCUUUAAUUUUAUAACUGAGACUGCUUUUAAUGAUGCCAGAAGGGUUACAUUUAAUGGAAAUCUUUCAAAAGUUUGGAAUUUGACUUGGAAACUGGAAGUUUUGUCAUGUGAAUUAGUGGUAAAAGUUUGUAUUGCUGAAAUUUGAUUUCAAGAUGUUUACAUUGAAAUUUUAUUUCAGUUCUAGUAAAAAUAGAAUUGCGGAACUGAAAUGAGUGUUUGGCAUUCCCCUCUUCCCCAUAACUUAUGUUGUCACGAACAUAUUCCAAAUGCAAUAAAUAUAAUUGAAUUAUAUAUCUGUAAUAUUGAUGACGGGUAAAUAUAUUUAAUAUUGAUGCUGUUAAAAGGAUUUUCUUCAGCUUUUGCAGUAAUCUAUUGAGUAUCAAAUAACUUUAACGCUUGCUCCGAGCUGUAUCCAGUAUAUAAAAUGGAACCAUCAAAAUGUAUUAAGAGAGAAUUAGUGUACAUAGUGAUCAAUUUUUAUUUGUGCCAAUAUGGAUUCGAAAUAAAUGGGACCAAAAAUUUGGAAUUUUAAAUUCAUUAAA